CACCAAUUGAGUUAUGGACUCGCACCAGCUUGUUGCAGACAAGUGUCGUUAAACCUCAUUAUCCCAAUUUCGGCCAAUUGGACCGACAUUGACUGAGCAGGCACAUCACCACAUGGACCUCGAAAAAGACGGUCUUCCCCCCUACAGCGCUGCCCCGGUAGCCGCGAAUGAUGCGCCAGCCAGCGCUUGGAAUCGAAGGCGAAUACUUCCCCGCGUACGAAGGCUGCGGUUAAUUAGCCUGGCAUGCCUCAUUGCCCUCCUCGUCUACACAAAAUGCACGAGGACGAGAACACCAAACCCAGACACGACAGUCCAUGGCCUUUCGGUCAAGCAGCUGCGAGAGGAUCUCUCGACGUGCUCCAAGCUGCACGCGAAGCCUAUUGAUCCCAUUGGCCUCGGACGGGAGAAGAACUCACGCUACGUUGACGGCCAGAAGCCGACUCUCAUCAGGAACGCCACCGUUUGGAUCGGCGAGCCCACCGCUGGCAAAGGCUACUCCUGGGUCACGGCCGACGUCUUUAUAGAGCAUGGCCUCAUCAAGCAGGUUGGCAAGGACAUCCAGCUGUCCGAGACUCAGCCAAGCCACAAUGUUCUGGUCUACGAUGCAGCUGGUCGGCCGCUCACCAGCGGCAUUAUUGACAUGCACAGCCAUGCCGGGGUGCAUCCGCUGCCCACUCUGCAUUCCAACGACGAUGUUAGUGAGCUAUCGGCAAACAUCGCUCCAUACGUGCGGUCCAUCCAUGGAAUCAAACCGACAGACCGGCAUCUCCAGGUGAUCAAGUCAGGGGGCGUGACCACGUCACUAGUGCUGCCCGGGUCUGGCAAUAAUAUAGGUGGCGAGGCUUUUGUGAUCAAGCAUGCCAUUGGCCGGGGCGACGGCCGCAACGAGACGAGCAUUGCCGAUAUGAUCGCCGACCGCACAUGGCGCUAUAUCAAAAUGGCCCAGGGCGAAAACCCAAAACAUUUUCAUGGAAAAGUCGGCGAACGCGGUCCUGUGAGCCGCCUGGGCGAGAACUGGGAGCUCCGCAGUGCCUUUGAGGAGGCUGCAAGGCUGUUGCGUAUGCAGGACGACUGGUGCAAUGCUGCAACUACGCUUGGACUCAACGGUGUCCAGACAUACCUGCCUUUUGAACUCAAGUGGGAACUCUUGGUUGCUGUACUGAGGGGGCAGGCGCAGGUCCAUGUCCAUUGCUACACUAUCCCGGACUUGGAAGCUUUUGUCGAUCAUACCAAUGAGUUUAACUUUAGCGUGAGGGCUUUUCACCAUGCUCAUCAAGCCUAUCUUGUCCCAGAGAUUUUAAAGAGGGCGUGGGGUGGUGCACCUGCUUCUGCCCUCUUUGCUGACAAUAUGUGGUAUAAAGCUGAAGCUUAUCUUGGUUCGGAAUAUGCAGGCAAAUACCUUCAUGAUAACGGACUUGUCCCUAUUUACGUCAGCGACAACCCAGUGCUUAACGCCCAGCACCUUGUCCUUGAGGCAGGAAAAGGAUACAACUAUGGCCUUCCAUAUCACGUUGCUCUCGCCGCGGUAACAACAGCUCCCGCUGAACGAUUAGGUCUGGGCCAGCGGCUAGGGAAGGUCAAGCCGGGGUUCGACGCAGAUAUCGUGGUGUGGGACAGCGACCCUCUUAGCCUUGGCGCAACUCCAGUUCAGGUCUGGAUCGAUGGAGCAGCCCAAUACGAAGAUCCUAUCGAACUCAACAAGACACUCCAGGGGACUCUUGUGCCCAACGAAGACCUGGGCAAAAUCGUCGAAGACGCGGUUGCUGUGACCGGCGAUAUUGUCUUUACCGGAGUCUCAAAGACCUUUCUAUCUAUCGACAUGGAUGAAGGUACCCCUGCAGCAGACAGCAAGACCUUCAACGUGGCUGUCUCAGGCGGCAAGAUCACCUGCAUUGGGCAAUGCCACGCAAAGCUAAAGGCAGCCCACAAGGUGAUCCACCUCAAGCACGGCGUCCUCACCCCCGCCGCCACCGCCUUCGGCUCAACCCUCGGCCUCAACGCCAUCGAUUCCGAGCAAGACACCGAUAACGGAGCAGCCGACUCCAACGGACCCUCCGUCUUCAGCCGCGCCGUCGACGGCCUCGCCCUCGACACCAAGAAACUCCGCGCCUCCCACCGCUACGGCAUCACCCGUGCCAUCUCGGCCCCCAAGCUCUCCAUAGGCGCCACCCACCACGGCACCAGCGCCGCCUUCCUCACCGGCGCCACCGCCCCCGGCCCUGCCGCCAUCUUCGCGCCCGACGUCGCCGCCCACUACACCCUGGACCUCUCGGCCAAGGGCGGCAGCGGCAGCCCGUCCGUGUCAGCUGCCGUGGGCCGGUUGCGGGAUAGGCUCCUCGAGGCGGUGGCCGCGACGUCGUUAGAGGGGCCUGCUGUCAGACCGUUCUCGGAGGCGGCUUUCCUCCGCAGGGUUGUGGCCGGCGAAAUGCCUCUUGCCGUUACGGUGCAUAGCGCGGACACCAUCGCGGCUCUUCUGAGGGUCAAGGCGGAUGUGGAGAAGGCCCCUGAGGUUGGGUCUGGCAGGCUCCGGAUGGUUGUGGUUGGCGGCGCUGAGGCGCACUUGCUUGCGCCUGAGCUUGCUGCGGCGGGGGUGGGCGUCGUGCUGGCGCCGAUGCUGUCGUAUGCGGUGUCGUGGGACCAGAGGAGGGCGAUGACGGGGGCGCCGUUGACUAAUGGGACUGCGGUUGAUGUCCUUGCUGGUGCGGGGGUGCUUACUGCUGUUGGACUGGAGGAGGACUGGGUGGUGCGGGAUUUGUGGCUGCUCGCUGGGAUUGCGUAUAAGAAUGGGGAGGGCAGGUUUAGUGAGGAGGAGGCGCUGGGUUUGAUCAGUCGAAAUGUGUAUAAAAUUUUGGGGUUGGAAGGACCGUUGGAUGUGGAGAGGGAGCAUUUUGUGAUACACGAGGGCAAUCCUCUCGAGAUUGGAUCGAGGAUUAAGGCGGUUGGUGGCGGAACUGGGAAAGUGGACGUUUAUUAG